AUAUAUUCGUUGGUAAAAUGCGCAAAAGUGUCCUGCAAAGUCGCCUUCCUCCGUUACCAUCACAAUUUUCUUCUCAAGCUUUGCACAACAGGCCAUCAGGCUCUACUGAAGGAAAACGGCGCCGAAGAGAUUACACACCGUCGUCUUGGGAUGCAUACUUUGAGACGAAGCGGUUAGUAGAAAUCAAUGGAGGAGAUAAGUUCUGUGUAUAUUCUUCUGGAAAUGAUGGACCUGUUGUGUUGCUUCUCCAUGGAGGCGGCUACUCUGCUUUAUCAUGGGCUGUUAUGACGAAAGUCCUUACAGUGCAAUGCCAGUGUCAAGUGGUGGCAUUUGAUUCUCGAGGACAUGGCUCUACAGUGACCAGUAACACUGAUGACUUAUCUAUAGAUUCACAAUCAAGAGAUGUUUCCAGCAUCAUGAAAUCUCUGUACAAGGAGUCAUCACCACCACCACCAGUAGUAGUUGUUGGUCACAGCAUGGGUGGAGCUGUUGCUGCUCAUACUGUUUUCCUUAAUCGGAUCCCAUCUGUUGUAGGACUUGUGCUUAUUGAUGUUGUUGAAGGAUCAGCAAUGAAUGCAUUGUCAUCUAUGCAAAGCUUUCUUAGAAGUCGACCACAGUCAUUUGAAUCGAUUGAAAAUGCAAUUGAAUGGAGUGUUCGGUCUGGCCAAACAAAGAACAGAGACUCAGCACGUGUUUCCAUGCCAGGGCAAAUACGAAAAGUUCCUACAAACAAUCGUGUCAUUGAAGGCAAUCAGGAAAUGGGAUCAGCAAAUGAAAGAAUAGACGAAGAGGAUGCAGCAGCUAGUCAGAUGACUGUAGCAGAUGUACGUGAAAAUUCUCAGUAUAAGUAUGAAUGGAGAAUUGACUUGUCAAAAACGGAACAACAUUGGAAGGGCUGGUUUGAAGGAUUGUCACAAAAAUUUUUGGGCUGCACUGUUGCAAAGUUACUGUUACUGGCUGGCGUAGACAGACUAGACAAGGAUCUUACUGUUGGACAGAUGCAAGGAAAGUUUGAAAUGCAUGUCUUACCACAAGUUGGACACGUGGUUCAUGAAGAUUCACCAGGCAAGGUGGCUGAUGUAUUGACACGCUUCUUGGUCAGAAACAAGUUUUCACAAGCAAAAGAAGACUAUGCUCAUUCUUUACCCGCUUGUUAGAAUUAAUGAACAGAUAGAUAUUUACUCAUAAUUUAGUAAGUUGCUAUUUAUUUAUCAUAAUUGUUGCCAGCAGUGUUUAAUUAAGCUGUUAUAGAAGCAUCAUUGGUGAUAGUACUCUAGGUUCAUAAGAAUGUAAAGAGUGCACACACGUGCAAUACAUGUACAAG